GAGUGGCCUACUCCAUGAAGUAGAAGGUCCAGUCAGCAGGACAUACAAAUGCAACUUCCAAUUCCAACAACAGGCCCUUUGUUUCUGAGCUUUUAAAAGAAGAGCUUCUGGAAUCGGUCCUGACUCGAGACCUGCAGCACCAUGACGACUCUGGUGACACUGCUGUCUCUGCUCCUCCUGGGAGCCCUGGCCCAGCACGGGUCCGACUGGACGUACUCAGACGGGGCGCUGGACCAAGCACACUGGCCCACGGAGUAUCCCCUCUGUGGGGGGAAGAGGCAGUCGCCCAUCAACCUGCAGAGAAAGAAGGUGCAGUACAAUCCCUUGCUGACGGCUCUGAACCUGACCGGCUACGAAGCACAAGGGGGCGAGUUCCCCAUGAUCAACAAUGGCCACACAGUGCAGAUCAGCCUGCCCCCCACCAUGCGCAUGACGGCCGCCGAUGGCACCGAGUACAUAGCCCUGCAGAUGCACUUCCACUGGGGCGGCGCAUCCUCCGAGAUCAGUGGCUCUGAGCACACCAUCGAUGGGAUCAGAUAUGUGACUGAGAUUCACGUCGUGCACUACAAUUCUAAAUACAGUAGCUACGAUAUAGCCAAGAACGAGCCGGAUGGUCUGGCUGUGCUGGCAGCCCUCAUUGAGGUCAAGGAAUACACUGAAAACACUUAUUACAGCGACUUCAUUUCUCACUUGAAAAACGUCAGGUAUGCAGGACAAAGCACUGUUCUGAGCGGCCUUGACAUUCAGGACAUGCUGCCUGCAAACCUCUACUACUAUUACAGCUACUGGGGGUCACUCACCACUCCUCCCUGUACCGAGAAUGUCCUCUGGUUUGUGCUGUCAGAUACCGUGAAGCUCUCCAGGGCACAGGUUUGGAAGCUAGAGAAUUCACUGUUGGAUAGCCACAACAAGACACUCCGCAAUGAUUACCGGAGGACCCAGCCCCUGAACAACAGAGUGGUAGAAGCCAACUUCAUAUAUCACCCUGAAUAUAGACAUCAUCUAGGCGUUGAGCUCCAGUUUUACCUACGCAAGAUCAACAGUAAUGUUGAGUACUUGAAAAAAUAUAUUGAACAGAAGAAAGCAAAGAGAAAAAGCCAGGAUUGAUGAGCUAGUACAGGAAGAGUUGGCUUUUCCCUGAGCCCACUCCCUGCCCUGAAUCUGAAAAACCCUGUGUGUCCGGGUCACAACUCUCCCUGAGGCACCUGUUGAGUUUCUGAUUAAAACAGGGGAAACCAUCAUCUACAAAAGGAGGUGAGAUGGUUUGAAUGUAUGAGAAGGCACUUGAGUUGGACAACCCAAAGGAAAUGGGUUGGAAUAGGAAUUUAAUGAUCCUCCUGUCAAAUCACGCAUGUUGAUCUUUCUAAAUUAUAAAUCA